GGUAGGAGUGAAGGCAGGAAUGCAGGUUGAGGAGCACUGGAAGAGACCAUGGAAAGGAAGAGUCCACCACCCGGUCCAGCUGAAUUCCCUCACAAUAAGGAAGGAAUUUUGUUUGUUAAACUUGUAAACAUUUAAGCCCUAUUGACUCCUCCAAGAGGCCAUGCAGAGAGGGUGUAUAGUUGUGUUCCUGUGUUAAAGAAUGGAUUUAAAAGGCCUGUUUCCCUUUCCCACUGUAGUAGGUAAAUAGCCAUAUAACCCUCAACCAUUUUUAUCACAUUAUUGAUCACUUUCUCUACCUACAAGGCAAUAAUUUUCCACUCUGUAACCCAAUCAGUAUGCCAUCUACCACUGUUAAUUCCCCACCCUACCUUUCUCUUCACAUUCAUAGAUUUCAGAUUUUUUUUAAAAUUACAACUUCUUUUUAAAGUUUCAGACAAUGUAAGUCUGUGGUAUCUUACAAAGCUAUUAGUUUGGUUUCAGUGUUUUUAAAAAAACCAAGCUCUUGCUCUCAACUGUUAAAAGCCCAAGAGUUUAAAGAACUUGAGUCACAGUACACCUUAUUUGUCCCCUUGUGUCUGGAUACUGCAGCCCUAGGUGUUUUGUAUAAUGCAUGAGUGAACCCCGCUUAGAAAUAGAAAUGCAUUUUCAAUAAGUAUUUAUUAUGUUGUUCUGAGCAUACAGCUUUAAAUUUGCCUGCUGUAGCUUGAAGCAUUACACAAACUGUUGGUCUGCUGACUGCCUCUCUGGCAGCAACACACACAGAAAAUAGAUUGCUAAGGGUUUUUUCCUCUCCUCCCCCUCUCUUCUCUCUCUCUCCCUUCUCUCUCUUUUUUUAAACCAGUCGUGAACAUUUUUUAAUCUUGUGGUAUUUUUAAUCAACACGUAUUUCCUUCCAGGACCUAUGAUCCUCUAUUGAUUCCCAUUAAAAUGCUUUUCUUUUCUUUGCCCCCUCUGCUGAUCGAAUUUCAGAUCAGCCACAGGAUAUGCAGCUAACCUUCCGGCACUACUGAACCCAACCGAGCGAGGGUGAUCAAAAGGCUUGAUGCAUUCAUUAAACAUUCUCUCCGCCCGGGCUGGAGCUCUAAUGGAAGCUAUCUCUUUGCAUUGCAAUUUCUUUUCCUUUUUUGUCUUUCCCCCACCUCCAAAAAAUGUUUUUUGCCUUUGAUCGCAGGGGAGGUGGGGGGGCGGGGGGAGAACAGGAGAACAAAAGAGACCUAUCUUUUUCCCCGGGGCUGACGUCAGUUUGAUUUUACUGACAACUAUUCGAGCGUGUGUAGCAGUUGGAAGCGGCCCCUUGCCCGCCCCCGCCCCCCACACCUUCCACUUUAGGGAGAAAACAAGACUUUUAGCGGCUCCGAGACGCGCCCUGAAAAUGGCCCACUCGGGCUCAGCUUUAGAUGCCCUCCCGCCCGCUCAGCAAAGGGCAUUCGAGGCUUAUUUGUGUGGCACGAUCUUUACUGGGGCGGAAAACACGCGGCGGGGGAGGAGCGGGAACAGGCGCGGGCCGGGCGGGGAGAGCAGGAAUGUUCCCUCCCGGCCGCGGGAGGAGGACUCGGGCGGGGAAUUGCGUCCGAGGCCGCGCGGCCUCCGGCUCCCGUCGGCUGCGGGCGGGGCGGCAGCGCGAGGGCCCCCGGCGCGCGGAGCCGGGGCGCGGGGACCCGCCACCCCCGCAGGCGCGGCGCUGCCCCCACGCCCGGGCCGUGGCGGCCUCGGCGGCGCCAGCUCCCUGCCCGGCGAGCGCGGCGGCGGCGGGCGGCCCGCAAAACCCGGGCCGGAUCUGGCGCGGACGGGGUCGGGCGGCCGCGGAGGUGGGAGCGGCGCGGGAUGGCGGGAAGAGCCGGAGAAGCGGCGUCGGCUCCAAGGUGUGCGGCGCUGGGAGGCUUUUCUCCCGGAUCGCGCACGUGGCCUGUGGCCGAGGCGCAGGGGCUGAAGAUUCCUAGACAGUGGAUGCCAAGACUAGUUUUUCGAACUGGCCCAGCACUCCAGAGCAUACUGCAGGCGCUGAAUAAAUGUUUUCCUGAACAAGUUCCUAGCAGAGUUCCUAGUAAAGCGCUGUGAAGCAUAGAGGAACGAACGACUGGUUUUGACUAAGAAAGGGGCCAAAGAAGGCUUCUUGAAAGAGCAGCAUUUAAGCUGAACUCUGAAGAUCAAACCCAGAUGACAGGAAAGGCCCUUCCAUUGGAGAACAGCAGCAGCAUCGAGGGAUGUGCAGUGGGCGGGGAUGUGGUGGAUCUGAGCAGGGGAACUUGGGGCUGUAGAAAAGGAAGAAAGGCAGCUGCCUCGAAUUCAGGGGAACCGUGAGCACAAACGCUUCAUUUAUGGGAUCCAGAAUAGGGACAUGAACAUGUAAAAUAAGAUAAGGAGUACGGGUAUACAGAAAAAAAAGGAAGAGAAAGAAAGAGGAAAAGGAAGAAAAAGUCAAAAGAGAAGGAGAGCAGUUUAUAGGGGAACUUCAGGCAAACUACAUGAAAAGAAAAAGAAAUGACAAAGAAAACCCCUGACUUGAGACUGUAGGAACAAAAACAUUUUAAUAGCAUGUGAGGGUGGUCUUUAUGGAAGAGAGAGAGAAAAGAAGUAACAAUGAAACUAGUGUUUUGAUUAAAGAUCUUUGACCAUUAUAGUUUCUCAUUUGAGAAGGUGUGAACUGGAUAAGAAAAAUAGGAUAAGAUGUUAGACAUCACUAUUCAGAAAGAAAUGGAACUCAAAACAGCAAGAGACAGCGAUAGACUGGAAACAAGAUAAAUCUUUGCCAUUUAUCUUGCACAUCAUUAAGGAAUCUAACUAAAUUGUGACACAGUCAAUAGAAUAUAAUGCAGCCAUUAAAAAUGAAGUAUAAGUAUGGAAAAACAUGUUAUGUGAAGAAGCAAGUUAUAAGUCAGCACCUCUGGAAGGACCCAUCAAAAAUGUUAGUGGGGUUCCCUCUAGAUGUUUUGAUCAUUAGUGAUUUUUCACUUUCUCCAAACCUGUAAGUAGUGUCUGAAUCUUAACAAUGAGCAAUUAUUACCUUUUUCAUUAGAAAAUUAACACAUGAGUAACUACAGUUUUAACCUUUUUUAAAUGUUUAAAAUGUUAUGGCUUUUUUCUUGUGAAAGUGAAGUGAUCCGUGGCUCAGAAAGUCCUCAUGGCAGUCUCCUGAGUCAGGCUGACCUGAAGGCUGCACAGGGCACCCUAUUUCCUUGUGCCAUCUGAUUCAAGCUACUUCAGGACCUUUCUGGGCCUCAAAGAACUUCAUCUGUGAAGUGAAGAUAAUAAUACUGUCUCCCUCAGGUUGUCCUGAGGACUGGAAACCACAUCUUUAAAGCUCCUAGCACUGUGCCCAGCCCCAGGAGGUGCUCAGCAAGUAGAGACAUUCAUGAGAAGGUCAGAGCACAUGCUUUAGAAAAUAUUUUUCCUCUCAGAUGCCCACUCUGCCUGCAGAUAUAACUCCUCUCCCUUCCAGAUGGUAAGACUGUCCUUCCUUGUCCAUUUGAAGUUAGGAGUGGCCAUGUGACAGACUCUGGCCAACAAAAUGAACAGAAGGAACAUGUGUCACCAGUGAGGGAGCCUCUGCCAUGUUCUCUUCUCCAUCUGCCACGACAACCAGCAAAUCCCGAGGAAGGGCUGCUCUAGCUGCCCAAAUCCCAGAGUGAAGAGAAGCAGAGCCUCCUGCCCCCUCCAUAGACAUGGAAUGUGAGUGAGGAUAAAUCUUUCUCGUUGUAAGCACCUCAGGUUUGGGGGUUGUUUGUCACAAAGCCUAACUAACUCACGCUGACUGACACAGCCACUGACUUGUUUUGUGACCUUGGGAAAAUUAUUUAACUUCUCUAGGUUUCCAUUUCUUCUUCUGUAAAAUGUAGAUGUGAAUAUUCCCACACCAUAGGUUGGUGGAGAAAACGAGUUAAUGUGUAAAGCGCUUGGCCCCUCUGUCUGGCCUCUGGGAAGUACACAGGAAACGAUAGGGAUUAUUGUAAUCUCAACAGGAGGGCUUAGCAUCCGCAUCUAUGAAAUAGGAGCAGGCAGCAAUACCAAGGCGGUCCAUUGUUGCUUGCACGUUGUCUUUCUACCAUUGGAUAAGCUUAUAUGGCAUCCAUACAAGUAAAGGUGCAUACACAUGAGUAAGAGAUAGCAGAGUCACUGCAGGUAAGAAAACUCACUCAAUUGUUAUUGAUAAUCGCCUUUACAUCCCUGGAAGAAAUACCAAAUGAUAAGUCCUAGUAGUGUUAGCAGCCACAUGGCCACUACGUCAUGUCUCUCCCAGGACAGCCAAGAUGUCCUUUGGAGGUUAAGAACAGCGAAAGGUUCCAGUGACCCUCAGGGUCACAGAUAGAGGGGCACUCGUGUGAAUGUGAUUAAGGGAUGACUAUAGGCUAGUGACCCCCCAUUUCUUCUAGUAUGAGACCAGUUUCUUACCCUCUCAGAGUCUUAAAAACACAGUGUUCUCUAAUAUAAGAGAGAAAAUAAGAGGGUUGUGUUUCUGGAUUGUUCUAAUGCUCUGCGUGCCCCAGCUCAGAUUGGGGAGUGAGAAGAGCCUGUGGCCGUAGAAAAGUAUUGCUUCUCAGAGCAUAGAACUGCUUUGUUUCUGUUGCUACAUAAUCAGGAAGGCUCACAAUUCUGACAGAAAAUGAACAGCCCUCGGAGGAUGUUUGGGCACGAGGCCAGACACCUCACAGGAUCCAGAAGGAAUUUGAAGAGUGGCUCUUCUCCCCACUGGGGCUCAGCAAGGGGUCUGGUAGCACCUUCCCAAUUGGAAAGGGAUGUAAACCCAGUGAAAUCCUCAGGCAAGGCGCAAUGGAGCCUCUAUUACCUGGAUUUCAGUUACUCAAGGCUAAUGCUAAAUGAGGCACUCAGGAAACCUCUUCACUCCCUCUAAGAAAGAGCAGCGAGUGACAGUAAGAGUAAUCAGUAAUGAAGAGUCCCCGCUUGACGUUUGCAGGGUGCUUUAUAGUCAACCAAGUGCUUCCCCAUGCCUUUACUCAUCCCAUCCUUACAAUGGAAGGAUCUCCAAACAAUAGGACACCAGCGUUGCCCCUGUUGUACCUCUCCUUGACCAACUGAAAAGCGUCGCCUCUUUCUAGACGUUCAGUAUUCCACUAAAGCAGAAGGCAUGGCAGAAGUGGAGGCAAGACAGGGAGUUCAUUCUGGGACUUGGCAGCCCAUCUGAAAAGAUCGUCAAGCAGGCGGCACAGGAUUUAACUAUAAUACAGGCGUGCAAUUUCUAUUUCCAUCACAAUCGACGAGGAAGCCACCUGUCCAUUUCCAAAGCCCUUACACUGGUCCAUGAAUUAAUGACCAAACCCUUGGAUUGCUUACCGCCUCCUAGUUCUGCCCAUGCCCUCCCAUCCUCCAUAUUGACUCCCAGCUGAUCUUCCUAAACAUCAUUUUCAACAUGCCACUUGGUCACGCAAAAAUCUCUAGCACCUAAGUACAAGCUCCUGGGCCCAUAACUUCAGGUCCUCUGUAGGCUGGGCCCACCAAGUCAGUAGUUUAGUCAGAAGUCCAUUCCCAAGUCGCUCCCACCCUGGCUAGAAUGUCCUUCCUUCUCCUUGCUACAAGUCAAAAUUCUGCACACAGGGCCAGCAGAUGUCAUAUCCUCCAUUAAAAUGUCAUCAACACCUCCAGCUGACAGAAGUUUUUCCACAUUUCUGAAUUUCAGUAGGUUUUCUACGGUUAAGCCCAGUCAUCUUCAAAGUAGGUACACUUACUCCUCUGAGGCUGAGGAAGGCUUUCCAAAGGAGCCUGCAGACAAGAAUAUUUUGAAGGAAAGCAGCAUAAAUGUCUUCAAAUGCAAUACGUUUUUUGUUAAAUACCCCUGCCUCCCUUUGCGCAAUGGCUCUUCCCUCACUUUACGAGAGAACGGCACCCCUUUCACUCUUGCCAAUCUUCCUAGGAUGCAUUGCCCUGAAGUUUAAAAAACCCUCCUGGGCACCAAAUAAAGGAAAAGUUGAAAAUAUUGGUGGUGGCAUAAGUAUAGGGUCAGUGAAUGGCUCUAGGAACUGUGUAUCAGUUUGCUAGCAUUGCUGUAACAAAGUACCCCAAACCAGUGCUUCAGCAACAGAGGUGCAGUGCUUUGCAGUUCUAAUCCCGGUGUGGGCAGGGUUCCUUCCUUCUGAAGGCUGUGAGGGAAGGUUCUAUUCCAGGCCUUUCUACUUGGCUAGUGGACAGCCAGCUUCUCCCAGUGUCUUGAUAUCCUCCGCUCUCUGUGCUAUCUGUCCAUGUCCACAUUUCCCUUUUAUAAGGACACCAGUCAUAGUGGAUUAGGGUCCACUCUAAUAACCUCAUCUUAACUAGUUAUAUCUGCCACAACAUUAUUUCCAAACGAGGUCACAUUUGGAGGUGGCAUUGUUUAGGACUUCAACAUAAUGAAUUUUGGUGGAUAUACAACUCAACUUAUAACCCAUUAGAUAAAUCCUUUGGAAAUCAGGUGGUUUUCAAUACUCUGCUUUCAACAAGACUGAAGGAAAAAAUAGUGAAGUUGUCAGAUCAUUAAAACUAUCAUUUGAUUCGGGGCAAAGAAGUCAGAAGGCGUUUCAAAGAUUUUGAAGACAUUUUUAUAAUAAAACUCUUUCCAUUCCCAUCUCUUUCUUUUUACGAACAAGAUUUUGCAUCUCUAAAAAAAUGAAAAAUAGAAAAGGAAUGGAUGCUAAACACUGUCAUUCUAACAAUAAGUAGUAUUUAUCUAUACUACAUAUUGUGUUUGAAUAAAGAUAGUAUCAUCCAUCUUAUUAAGAAAUGAGAAUAUCCAAUAAAACUUUACUUUUAUGUUAACAUUUAUCAAAGUGUUCUAUUCAUUUAAAUUGUUUUGAUCAAUUGUGCAAUACUAAUAAUUGUAAUGGUAACUCAAUCCAGAAAUUACUUAGACCCUAUGGUCACAGGAAUUUUAAAGUGUAUAUACAUUUUAACUUUUAUACAAAUGUUCGAUAGAUAAAAGUAUGAUGGACUACUCAGUAAAAGAGGUGCAAGCAUAAAUAUGUUACAUUAGCAUAAAAUUUUGAAGGAAAAGUAGAAUGGAAAUAAAAUUUCAAAGAGAAAACAAAACGAUAUAAUUUUUGCUUGGUAAAGAUGAGCUUGUUUGUUGAUAAAUUCAUUUGAGUAAUAAAAAAAAGAUGAGCUUGUUUGUGUAUUUCUGAAA